AUGGCAUCAUUAGCAUCAAGCUCAGCAACAGAAGUAAACAUAAGAAAUAAUGCUUCAUCAGUAGUUACAAACAUUUUUAUGGACUCUUUGCCAACAGUUAAUCUGUCUUUAUUGCCUACAAGUACUUCUGCCACUGCUGUUACAUCUAGUACUUCUACAUCAACUUCAACAGGUCGUGUCUCAGCAAAUGUAACCAGUCUAACUACAAGUGUAUCUACAGCUUCACUAAAAACUUCAGACUCUCAACAGACCAAUGCAGAAUUCACCUCCUUGAAUACCAUGCUGACAGCUACAGAAACUGCUGUGAAGUCUUCAACAUAUUCAAAAACACAUGCUGCAAAUAUUACAUCAUCUGGUAAUACCCCUGAAAUAUCUACAGGACCUUUAAAUUUUUCUUCAAUCACAACGCAGCAUUUUUCAUCAGAUACAUCAAACACAUUGACAGGCAAAUCUUUAUUAACUGCAGCAUCAACUAACUUUUCUUCAUCAUCUGCUGGGCGUUUUCCAGUAAGCUUCCCAUCAAAUAUAACAGCAAUAGCACCAAAUAAUUUUUCACUAACUUCUUCAAGUUAUCCUUCAAACCCUACAACAUCAAUCACUACCAAUUUAACUGAAAUAGACACAACAAUAGAAUCAUCAGCAUCAGGUUCAGCAACAGACAUGAGUUCAGGAAAUAAUGUGCCAACAAUUACAAAAACCUCUACAAACUCUGUGGCAACAAUUAAUCUGCAGUUAUUACCCACAACUGUCUCUGUCACACCUAUCGUAUCUAGUACUUCCACUCUGAAUUCAACUGGCCCCUCCUUAACAAAUGUAACCAAUCUAGCAACAAGUACCCCUUUAGCAAGGACAGUCAACACUAGCACGAUGUUGCCACCUACAAAUACUAUUUCUACAAGUUUAAUAAAUAACACUAUUUCAUCAUCAUCUGCAAAUACGCAAACAAGAGCAAUGUCAAGCAGUGCUUUGUCUUCCACAGCACUUACAAGUAUUGUACCUACAACUAAGGAAACAUCUGGCAUUUCAUUAAUCACUUCAAGUAACAUUUCUACUUGGGGAAAUAUACCACCCACAAAUUCCACAACAACUGUAUCAGGCAUUACAUUUUCUUCACUAAUCUCUACAACAGGUUCAACAACAGCUAUUGUUUCAUCACAGUAUACAAAUAACAUUGGUGUAAGUAAGAGAUUUGUAACCUUAUCAACAUUACCCUCAUCAUCCAGUCUUAACUCGGAUGUAGACAAUGGAUCAUCUACUCCUUUGCUACAAACUACAGACUCAUUGCACACAAAUGCACCAUUCAUGUCCAGGAAUACCAUGUUGACAGCUGCAGAAACCAAGGCGUUGUUAUUAUUGUCAUCUGAAAGAUCACUUGCUGCACCUACCAUGAGCAACAGUGUUUCAUCACCUGCAAAAAAUACACUUAAAACAACUCAAUCAAUUACUACUUUAUUGACAUCUACCAUAUCAUCUGGUAAUAUCUCUGAAAUAUCUACAAGACCUUUAAAUUUCUCUUUAGACACAACAAAACUGUUUCUAUCAGAUGUAUCCAAUAUAUCAAUGAACAAAACUUUAACUGUAACAUCAACUAACUUGUCUUCCUCAUCUGUCAGAGGUAUCCCAGAAAGUCUCCCAACAACCACAAUGUUACCAUCAGCCACAAGUUCCUUUCCAGUUAACAAUUACUGGUUACCAUCUUCCCCAUUACCUCAAAACAUAGGAGCGGCUACAGGUUCAAGUAAUUUUUCAGUAACUUCUUUAACUUCUCACUUAAUCCCUAUAACAUCAACCAGUAUCAGUUUAUUAACUGCAGUAGAUACAAUUGCAUUAUCAGCAGAAGUGAGAUUAAAGAAUACUACAUCAGCAAUUACAAACACUUUUGUAAAUUCUGUACCAAAUGUUAAUCUGUCUUUACUACCGACAACUAUAUCUGCCACUCCUAUCACAUCUAGAACUUCUACAUUGACAUCAACAGGUCCUUCCUCAACAAAUCUAACCAGUCUAACCACAGAUACCCCUUUAACGAAGACAGUAAAUUCUGUCUUGACAUUACCACCUACAAAUAUAACUUUUGCAAAUUUAGUAAAUAACACAGUUCCAUUGUCAUUCACAAAUAUCCAAACAACAGAAAUGCCAGACACCGCUUUACCUACCACAUCAUUCACAAGUACUCUAUCUGCAACCAAGGAAAUACAUUUUUCAGUAAACUCUUCAAGAACCCUUUUAACAACCGCAAAUGCACCACCCAUUAAUUUCUCAACUCCUUCAGACAUUUUGUUUCCUUCACCAGCCUUAAAGAUGAGUUCAACAACAGCCAUAACUAAUAGUAUUUUAUCACAAUCUACAACUAACUUUAGAACAAGUAAGGGAAUUAUUACCCUAUCACUGUUAUCUUCUUCUACUCCUAACUCAGAUGCAUUUACUCUUUCACCAAAAACUACAAACUCCCUGAAAACACAUUCAACUUCUAUACCCUUUAAUACCAUAACAGAUACAGACAUCAUUAUGUUGUCAUCAUCACCUGCAAGACCACCUGUUGCACCUACCACAACUAACAAUAUUUCAUCACCUGUAACAACUCCACCAAUCAGUAGUUUCUGGACAUCUAUCACAUUCCCUGGUAAUUUCUCUUUAAUAUCUACAAAACCUUUAAAUCUUUCUACAAUUGCAGCACAACCUUUUUCGUUAGAUGCAUCCAACACAUUGACAGGCAAUACUUUAUUAACUUCUAGAACAACCUACUUUUCUUCAUCCUCUGUCGAUAGUUUCCCAAUAAACCUUCAAAAUACCACAGUGUUAUCAUCUGCCACGAGUUCCACUCCAGUUAGUAGUUAUUGGUCAUCAUUUUUCUCAUUACCUCAUACCACGGAAACAACAACAGUUUCAAAAAAUUUUUCACUAACUUCUUCAAAUUCUCAUUUAGUCCCUAUAGCAUCAACCAGUAGUAAUUUAUUAAAUACAAUUGAAUCAACAAUGGCAUCAUCAACAUCAGGCUCAGUAACAGAAGAAAGCUUAAGGAAUAAUUCAUUCCCAGCAAUUACAAAAACAUUUGUGAAUUCUGUGCCAACCGUCAAUGUGUCUUUUUUAACCACAAAUAUCUCUGCUACUCCUGUCACAUCUAGUACUUCUACACAGAGUUCAACAAGUCCUGCUACAACAAAUCUAACCAAUUUAACAACAAGCGCCCCUCUACAAAGGGUAAUAAACACUACUUUGAUUUUACCAUUUACAAAUAUCACUUCUACAGGUUUGACAAAUAACACUGUUUCAUUGUCUUUCACUAAUAGCCAAACAUCAGGGAUAACAAACUCUGCUGUACCUUCAACAUUAUUCACAACUGUUCUGUCUACAAUUAACAGAACAACAGCAUUUUCAGGAAACUCUUCAAGAACUCUUUUAACAACAGCAACUGUACCACUCACAAAUUCUUCAGUUUUAUUAAACUCUGUCUUUUAUUCACCCACCUCAAUAACAGAUUCAAUAACAACUACAACUAAUACUAUUUUGUCACAAUCUACAACCAAUUUUAUUACCAGUAAAGGAUUUCCCACAUUAUCACGGUUAUCUUCUUCUAUUCUUAACUCAGAUGCUUCUAUUACUUCACCAAAAACAACUGACUCCACACAGACAAAUACGGCAUUCAUACCCUUAUUGACAUCUACACAAACCAUUGCGAUGCCAUCAUCACCUGCAAGACUACCUGUUGUUCUUAACACAACUAACAAUAUUUCAUCAUCUGUAACAACUCCAUCUACAACAACUCCACCAAUUAGUGCUUUAUUGAUAUCUGUCACAUUAUCUGGUAAUAACUCUGAAAUAUCUACAAGACCUUUAAAUUUUUCUUCACUCACAACACAGCCUUUUUCACUUGAUACGUCAAAUAUUUCAACAACCAAAGCUUUUUUAAGUACACCAACAACCUCAAUGAUAUUAUCAGCUAUAAGUUCCUUUCCAUUUAGUAGUUUAUGGCCAUCAUCAUCCUCAUUACUUCAAAACACAGAAGCAGCUAAACCUGUAAAUGAUUUUUCAGUAACUUCUUCAACUUCUCAAUUAAUCCCUAUAAUGUCAACCAGUACCAAUUUAUUAACUGCAGUAGACACAGCAAAGGCAGCAACAACAUCAAACUCACUAACAGAAGAAAGCUUAAGAAAUAAUCUAUCUGCAGCAAUUACAAAAACUUUUGUGAAUUCUGUGCCAACCGUCAAUGUGUCUUUUUUAACCACAAAUAUCUCUGCUACUCCUGUCACAUCUAAUACUUCUACACAGAGUUCAACAAGUCCUGUCACACUAAAUUUAACCAAUUUAACAAGCGCCCCUCUACAAAGGGUAAUAAACACUACUUUGAUUUUACCAUUUACAAAUAUCACUUCUUCAGGUUUGACAAAUAACACUGUUUCAUUGUCUUUCACUAAUAGCCAAACAUCAGGGAUACCAAACUCUGCUGUACCUUCAACAUUAUUCACAACUGUUCUGUCUACAAUGAACAGAACAACUGUAUUUUCAGGAAAUUCUUCAAGAACUCUAUUAACAACAGCAACUGUACCACUCACAAAUUCUUCAGUUUUAUUAAACUCUGUCUUUUAUUCACCAGCCUCAAUAACAGAUUCAAUAACAACUACAACUAAUACUAUUUUGUCACAAUUUACAACCAAUUUUAGUACAAGUAAAGGAUUUCCCACAUUAUCACUGUUAUCUUCUUCUAUUCUUAACUCAGAUGCCUCUAUUACUUCCUCAAAAACAACUGACUCCACACGGACAAAUACAGCAUUCAUUCCCUUAUUGACAUCUACACAAACCAUUGCAAUGUCAUCAUCACCUGCAAGAUCACCUGCUGUUCUUACCACAACUAACAAUAUUUCAUCAUCUGUAACAACUCCAUCUACAACAACUCCACCAAUUAGUGCUUUAUUGACAUCUGUCACAUUAUCUGGUAAUACCUCUGAAAUAUCUACAAGACCUUUAAAUUUUUCUUCACUCACAACACAGCCUUUUUCACUUGAUACGUCAAAUAUUUCAACAACCAAAACCUUUUUAAGUACACCAACAACCUCAAUGAUAUCAUCAGCUACAAGUUCUUUUCCAGUAAGUAAUGUUUGGCCACCAUCAUCCUCAUUACUUCAAAACACAGAAGCAGCUAAACCUGCAAAUGAUUUUUCAGCAACUUCUUCAACUUUUUAUUUAAUAACGUCAAGUACCAAUUUAUUAACUGCAGUAGACACAGCAAAGGCAUCAUCAACAUCAAACUCACUAACAGAAGCAAGCUUAAGAAAUAAUCUAUCUGCAGCAAUUACAAAAACGUUUGUGAAUUCUGUGCCAACCGUCAAUGUGUCUUUUUUAACCACAAAUAUCUCUGCUACUCCUUUCACAUCUAGUACUUCUACACAGAGUUCAACAAGUCCUGCCACAACAAAUGUAACCAAUUUAACAACAAGCACCUCUUUACAAACGGUAAUAAACAAAACUUCGAUCUUACCAUCUACAAAUAUCACUUCUACAGGUUUGACAAAUAACACUGUUCCAUUGUCUUUCACCACUAGCCAAACAUCAGGGAUACCAAACUCUGCUGUACCUUCAACAUUAUUCACAACUGUUCUGUCUACAAUGAACAGAACAACAGUAUUUUCAGGAAAUUCUUCAAGAACUCUUUUAACAACAGCAACUGUACCACUCACAAAUUCUUCAAUUUUAUUAAACUCUGUCUUUUAUUCACCAGCCUCAAUAACAGAUUCAAUAACAACUACAACUAAUACUAUUUUGUCACAAUCUACAACCAAUUUUAUUACCAGUAAAGGAUUUCCCACAUUAUCACUGUUAUCUUCUUCUAUUCUUAACUCAGAUGUCUCUAUUACUUCACCAAAAACAACUGACUCCACACGGACAAAUACGGCAUUCAUACCCUUAUUGACAUCUACACAAACCAUUGCAAUGUCAUCAUCACCUGCAAGACCACCUGUUGUUUCUACCACAACUAACAAUAUUUCAUCACCUGUGAGAACUCCAUCUACAACAACUCCACCAAUUAGUACUUUAUUGACAUCUGUCACAUUAUCUGGUAAUAACUCUGAAAUAUCUACAAGACCUUUAAAUUUUUCUUCACUCACAACACAGCCUUUUUCACUUGAUACGUCAAAUAUUUCAACAACCAAAACCUUUUUAACUACACCAACAACCUCAAUGAUAUCAUCAACUACAAGUUCCUUUCCAGUUAGUAGUUUUUGGCCAUCGUUAUCCUCAUUACUUCAAAACACAGAAGCAGCUACACCUGUAAAUGAUUUUUCAGUAACUUCUUCAGCUUCUCAUUUAAUCCCUAUAAUGUCAACCAGUACCAAUUUAUUAACUGCAGUAGACACAGCAAAGGCAUCAUCAACAUCAGACCCACUAACAGAAGCAAGCUUAAGGAAUAAUUCAUCCCCAGCAGUUACAAAAACGUUUAUGAAUUCUGUGCCAAUCGUCAAUGUGUCUUUAUUACCCACAACUAUCUCUACAACACCUUUCACAUCUAGUACUUUUACACUGAGUUUAUCAAGUCCUUCAUUAACAAACCUAACUAAUCUCGCGAUAAGCACCCCAUUAGCAAGAGCGGUUAACACUACCUUGAUCUUACCAUCUAAUAUUUCUUCUACAACUUUAAUAAAUAACACAGUUUCAUUGUCCUUCGAUAAUACCCAAACAAUAGGGAUACCAAACAUUGCUUUACCUUCAGCAUCAGCCGCAAAUAUUUUACCUACAACUAAGGAAGCUGUUUUCUCAGGAAAUUCAUUAAGAACUCUUUCAACGGCUGCAAAUGUACCAUCUACAAAUUCCUCAACUUUGUCAAACAUUUUCUUUUAUUCACCAGCCUCAGCCACAAGUUCAACAACAGCCAAAAUUAAUACUGUUUCACCACAAUUUACAACUAACUUUAGUACAAGUAAAAGUACUCUUACCUUAUCACCAUACUCUUCUUCAUCGGCUCUUAAUUCAGAUGCAUCUGCUCCUUCACCAAAAACAACAGACUCCUCACCGACGAAUGCAGCUUUCAUAUCCUUGAAUACCAUGUUGACAGCUAUUGAAGCUACUGCAUUGUCAUCAUCAUUUUCAAAACUACCUGUUGCAAAUAUUACAUUACCUGAUAAUACAGUAACAGCUACAGUUCCAAAUAAUUUAACUUCUCGUUUAACCCUUACAACAUCAACCAGUUCUAAUUUAUUAACUGCAGUGGACAACACAAUGGCAUCAGCAGCAUCAGGCUCAGGAACAAACAUGAGCUCUGGAAAUAGUGUGUCAGCAAUCACAAAAAAUUUUGUAAACUCUGUGGCUAUCAUUAAUCUGUCUUUACUACCCACAACUAUUUCUCUCACACCAAUCACUCCUAGUUCUUCUAUAUUGAGUUCAACAGGACCAGCCUUAACAAAUAUAAUCAAUAUAACCACAAGUACCCCUUUAGCAAAGACAGUAAAUCCUACCCUGAGCUUACCUUCUACAAAUUUCACUUCUACAAGUGUAAUAAAUAAAACAGUUUCAUUGUCUUUCACAAAUAUGCAAACAACAGCGAUACCAAAUACUGCUUUACCUUCCACACCAUUCACAAGUAUUCUACCUACAACUAAGGAAGCAAUUAUUUCAGUAAACUCUUCACAGACUCUUUUAACAACAGUAAAUGUACCACCCACAAAUUUCACUUCCUUAUCAGACAUUUUCUCCUUUUCACCAGCCUCAGUAACAAAUUCAACAACAACUACAGCUUUAACACAAUCUACAACUAAUUUCAGCAUAAGUAAGAGGAUUCCAACCUUAUCACUGUUAUCUACUUCCUCCACUCUUAACUUGGAUGUAUCUCCUCCUGCACCAAAAACUACAGACUUCUCACUGACAAAUACAACUUUCAUAUCUUUGAAUACCAUGUUGACAGAUACAGAAACCAUUGCAUCAUCAGCAGCAGCUGCAAGACCACCUAUUGUAUCUACCAGGACUAACAAUAUUCCACCUAACUCACCUGUAACAGCAACUCAAUCAGUCAGCAUAUUGACAUCUACCACAUUAUCUGGUAAUACUGUUGAAAUAUCUACAAGAACUUCAAAUAAUACUUCAUUUACAACACAACCUUUUUUAUCAGAUAAACCCAAUAUAUUGACAGGGAAAACAUUAAUAACUACAACAUCAAACAACUUGUCUUCCUUGUCUGCUGGAAGUUUCCCAGUAAGCCUUCCAUCAGAUACAAUAUCAUCAUCUGCCAAAAGUACUUUUUCAGUUAGUAAUUUUUCAACAUCAUCCUCAUUAGUUAAUAAUAUGGUAACGGCUACAUCUCCAAAUCAUUUUUCACUAACUUCUUCAAGUUACCAUUCAUCCCCUACAGCAUCAAUCAAUACCAAUUCAUUAGGUGCAUUAGACACACCAAUAGUACCAUCAACAUUAGGCAUGGCAACAAAAGCAAGCUCAGGAAAUAAUGUGUCAUCAGUUACAAAAACUUUUAUGAAUUCUGGAGCAACAGUUAACCUGCCAUUAUUAUUCACAACUGUCUCUGUCACACCUAUCAUAUCUAGUACUUCUUUGAGUUCAACAGCUCCUCCCUCAACAAAUAUAACCAAUCUAUCUAUAAGUACCCCUUUAGCAACAGCAGUAAACACCACUAUGAUGCCGCAAUCUACAAAUACCACUUCUAUAAGUUUAAUAAAUAACACUGUUAUAUUGUCAUUCACAAAUAUCCAAACAACAGUGAGGCCAUACACUGCUUUACCAUCCACAUCAUCCACAAGUAUUGCAAGUAAGGAAACAAGCAGUCUUUCAUUAGACUCAAGUACUGUUUUAACUACAGUAAAUAUACCCACCACAAAUUCCUCAAGAUCUGAAUCAAAUGUUAUUUUUUCUUUACUAACCUCUCCAACAAGUUCUAGAACAGCCACAGACAAUACUAUUUCACUACAAUCUGCAAAUAACUUUAGUACAAGUAAGAAAAUUCUGACCCUAUCAUCAUCAUCUACUCUUAACUCAGAUGCCGAUAUUGGGCCAUCGACUCCAUCAGCAACAGCCACAGCUAAUAAUCUUUCAUCGCAAUCUACAAAUAACUUUGGUACAAGUAAGACAAUUCUGACCUUAUCAGCGUUAUCUUCAUCUUCCACUCGUAACUCAGAUGCAGAUGUUGGACCGUCUACUUUUUCACCCAAAACUGCAAACUCUCUACAGACAAAUAAGGCAUUCAUAUCCCUGAAUACUGUUUUGACAGCUGCAGAAACCACUGCAUUGCCACCAUCAUCUGCUAUAACACCUGUUGCGUCUACCUUGAGUAACAAUCUUUUAUCACCUAUGACAUUUCCACUUAAAACAACUCAACCAAUUGGUCCUUUAUUAAAAUCUACCACAUCAUUAAAUAGUUUGUCAGUCUCAGCAGAAUCUCUUUCAUCAGAUGCAUCCACUACAUCUACUAGGAAAACUUUAUUAACGACAGCAACCUUUUCUUUACCAUCUAUAAUUACAGCUUCUACAAGUUUAAUAAAUAACACAGUUUCAUUGCCAUUCACAACUGUCCAGACUCCAGCAAUGUCAACCACAGCUACUGCGCCUUCAAUUUCAUUUGGAAGCAGUCUCCAGACAUCUCAGAAAUCUAUUACUGUUUCAACAUUGUCCUUAAGCUUUGAAACCACACUUUAUAAGCCCUCAUUCACUCCUUUUAGAACAGCUUCGACAGAUAACACAAGCAAAAAUAUGUCAUCACAAUCUACUUAUGCGCCUUUAACAAAUUCUUCAACUACUACUUCAACUUCAGUACCAUCAAAACCAACAGAAGAAGACAUUACAGUUGUUCCUUCAAGGACUAGCAACUCAACAACGUCUACAGAGACAACAAAGCGAGACCUAGGCACAGUUGGAAAUCUGUCAGUAAUGAGCAUCACCACAACUUCAAUCAGUUUGAGCUGGUCCCUUUUAAAAGGCACUGCAAUCAGCUACAGAGUUGAGGCAAAGGGAAUUACAUCUAUUAAUUUGACAGUAAAUUCGGAGUUUGCUGUUAUCACUGGACUAACGCCCGGUAACAGAUACGCACUGCAAGUCAUUGCUGUGGCUGCAGACAACAUCACUGAAGGGCAGGCGGUGACAAUCAUAGCCUUUACAAAGCCUGACACUGUUAAAUAUUUAACUGUAAGCAGUAUCAGUGGCAAUUCUGUAUUCCUUAAAUGGAUUGCACCAGAUGGAGGUGUCAGCCGCUACCUGAUUCUGCAGAAAGAAAGUGCCGAAUUUGGAAGAGCCUUGCAGACUGUGACGGAGCCAUAUGCUAAUAUUACUAGUCUUUUGCCACUUACAACUUACACCAUCCAAGUCAAAGCUGUAACAGAAGAUGGAACGCUAGGAGAUCCUGUGUCAGUUAUGGUGACUACAACGGGUCUGUCUCAUCAUUAUCAGAUAUCAGUUGUCACUUCUGGUACAAUGAAUGAAGAAAUAAAAAGCCUCAUAUUGGAGAUGGUUAAUUCCAGUCUUCAAAAGGAACUUCCGCCAAGUUCAUUUUCUUUGUCCUUCAAAGGAUGAUGAAUAUAGAGGCUUUAUUGAUCCAUAGGUCUUUCUAAAUGAAUGAUAUUUUAGACAAUAUUAAUUAAUAAUAGGCUUGGCAAAAAACAGAUUUUGUUUUAGAAUAUUGAUUCCUCUUUACUGUGCACGCCACUGUUGUGUUGUAUUAUGCCGAAACAACAUUAAUUGUAACAACGAUGUUUGUGUAAUCUGGUUCUUUUAUAUAAUCAUGCAGCGCAAGCAAAGUCUUCAGUGCUCACCUUGUUGCUGAACUAAAGCAGUGCUGCGCUACUCUUUACGGCUCUUUGGCUUUCUCUCUUUGCUUUUAUCAAAGAAGCACUUUAGAUGGCAAUGCUCGGAGUUCUUCUGCACAUCAGUAGUUGUUCCUGCAGUUAAUUUCAACUUUUACUCUAUCUGUGUGUAGGUUCAGUUUUCCCGACUACUGUUUAUUAUAAUGCAUAUGCACUUUUAUGUUGUUGCAGGUGUUAAAGGCAUUCUUGUUUAUUUUUAUUUUAUUAUACAAAUACAUAAAAAGUCACCCAACCCCUGCUGUAGUUGUCAAGUGCUUUAAGAAAGCCUCUUUGUAUUGUGUCUUACUUUUGAAUUUUUCAAAUGUAAUCUCUUUUAUAUGCUUUGUACAUCAAUACUCACUAAACAAGACAGUAAAAAAUGAAUUACCCCAGACUUUGUUGCAAAGUAUUCAUAUUUUGUCACACAACUGUUAUGUUAUGAAUUGGCUAACAUUAUUACACUUUUUCUGUACUUAAUACAAUUUUCCUAAAGUUGUAAAGUAUUUGUAUUGUGGUUUUAAGAGAAUCCAAAUUUACAAUUGAUUGCAUUGUAUAUUUUAUUUGGAACCUUGCCUGUUUUAUUAUUACUGUAUUUUGCAUUUUACCACAUUGAUAUUUGGUUUUUGUAGAGGCCAUCAAAGGGUUUACAAUGAAAAAAGAUUUACAUAAAUGAAUUGUCAUCUGGUUAAAAUUAUGUAAGACUAACAUCAUUCUGGAGAAAAAAUUUAAAGUGCCUAUCAGACAGCCUUGGUGUCACAAUCCCUGCUAACCCA